AAUGCAGCCACCUACCUGAUUGAAACACAUAAAGUGGAGGCGAUUUUAGGGUUACAGACCUUGGAAGAAGUGCUUUCAGUUUCAGAGGUAUGUAGUGAAGCUCAAGUUCCAACUUUCUCUCUUUUUGAUUCAGUUCCCCAACGGGCACUAGAUAGGUGGCCUUACCUAUUUCAAGCUUCACCUUCUCAGUUUCCUCAAACGAAAGCUUUUGUUGCUAUUCUUGAGUCUUACGGAUGGAGUCGUUUUACUUUCAUAUACGAAGAUAUCAAUUCAGCAUCCACUCAAAUCAUUCCACAUCUCAUGGAAGCCAUUAAAGAAUCCAGUGUGGAAAUAAGCAGCAUUGUAAAGCUCUCACCUUUAUCCUCUUCCUUUUCAUUGCCAAAAGAACUCGAAAGAAUCAGUAAAGAACAAUGCAGAGUGUUUCUUCUUCAUUCCUCUUUGGAAACAGGUGUUCGCCUUUUUCAAAAUGCAAAGAACAUGGGGAUGAUGGAAAAGGGUUAUGUGUGGAUCACAACAAGUUUAAUCACAGAUCUUCUCCAUACUGUAAAUUCCUCUACUUUUUCCACAAUGGAGGGCGUUUUGGGAAUUGGGAGUUUCUUCUCACAGUUUGAUGAUUUUAGCACAAAGUUUCAGAAAAAGUUUAAACUCGAACAACCUGAAGAAGAAAACAACAUCCCUGGGGUUUUUGCAGUUCAGGCAUAUGAUGCUACAUUGAUUGUGGCAUUGGCAUUGACCAACAACAACACGAGUUGGAAGUCUGUUGACCAGAAACCACCUGCAUCACAUAAAUUUCCAAUCAUAAAUGUUAUAGGAAAAUACUAUAGAGAACUAGGGUUUUGGUCAGAAGGACUCGGUUUUUCUGAGGUUAUUAAUGAAAAAACCACUUAUGACACCUCUUUAAAAAGUUUAGGCUACAUUUUUUGGCCUGGGAAACCGUUGCAUACUCCAAUAGGAUGGGCUAUUCCUACAAAUGCCAAUCCAUUACGAGUUGGUGUCCCAACAAUGGCCAUGUUUAAAAAGUUUGUGGAAGUGAAAUAUGAUCAUAAAAAUCAUAAUCUCACUUACAGAGGCUACUCAGUUGAGCUUUUCAAAGAAACCAUCAAACUCUUGCCUUAUUACUUGCCAUAUGAAUUUCAUCCCUUUAAUGGGACAUACGAUUCUCUAGUGGAGCAAAUUUAUUUGAAGAAAUUUGAUAUGAUAGUUGGUGAUGUAUCAAUCGUUUCAAGGCGAUACAAAUAUGCUGAGUUCACACAUCCGUACACAGAAACAGGGCUGGUGAUGAUAGUACCUGUCACAUCGUAUCAUGGACAAUGGUUAUUUGUGAAGCCCUUUACAUUAAGCAUGUGGGCCCUAACAAUCUUAAUCAAUAUAUAUAACGCCUUUGUGAUAUGGCUGAUUGAGCACAAAAACACCCCUGAACUUGGAGGGUCUGCUUUGAAUCGCACAGGAACUCUUCUCUCUUUAGCGUUUACUAGAAUGUUCUUCACAAAUGGUGAUGCGCUUCAUAGUAAUUUGACCAGAAUGACAACAGUAGCGUGGUUGUUGGCGGCAAUAAUCAUAGGGCAGUGUUACACCGCUAGUCUCACCAGCCAGCUCACUGUUAAAAGGCUGAUACCUAAAGUAACAGACUUUGAAACCCUAAAAAAUGGUAAUGCAGUUGUGGGGUAUGGCGAAGGAGCCCAUGUUGCCAGUUAUUUGGUGGAUGUUCUUGGCUUCAAGAAUCACAACAUAAGAGCUUUCACUUCUCCAGAAGGAUACGCACGUGCCCUUAAAAACAAAGAAAUAUCAGCGGUUUUUCUUGAGGCUCCUUUCACUAAACUUUUUCUUGCUAAAUACUGCAAUAGCUUCAUUGCUGCUGGACCUACAUUCGGGGAUGGAGGAUUUGCGUUUGUGCUUCCGAAAGGUUCUCCAAUGGUGGCUGAUUUUACUAAAGCAUUGUUGAAUGUGUCUGAAAGUGGAACCCUACAAGAGAUAGAGAAAAGAAUGAUUGGUUCUGAGAAAUGUGUAGAGAUGGAUUCAGAUGACGAUGAGUAUGAAAGUUUGGGUCUUGGUAGUUUUUCGUCACUUCUUGUUUUGACCAGUGGGACUUCAACUGUUGCUCUUGUAAUUUAUGUUGUUAUUAGCUUGCGGGAUUAUUGCCGGAUCGAACAGAAAAGUAUAAGUUCAAUUUUUUCAGAUGUUAAGAAAUACUUUAUGAAUCGAAGGAGACGAUUCUCCAGGAAACUCAGCAACGUAGAAAGUCCUAAAAGUCCCAACUUGGAAAUGACUUGAGUAAGUACACCAACCUUUUUGCAAGUAAGCAUAUUAUGAAAAUAGAUCAUACCCUGGGGGUUGAAUUAGGGUUUACGGAUUCUAAUAGGUGCAUUAGAGGCAUGCAAACGGAUUGGGCUGUCAGGGCUUAUGGAAUAGACUCACCUUGGGUCGGGCUUUUACAUGUUCUCAACAUACUAAAAGUUGGUGCAAAUUGGAUCAACUAUUAGGGCUAAAUUAUUGUAAACUUUAGUUUUUGUGUUUUUGAUGAUGCAAUUAGCGAUUCAUGAUGAAAUUAUGGAAUUCUUAUGUUGUAAACCGUCUAAUGUGGUUAGAGCAAUGCUAUCAUGUUCUUAAAUUCA